CAUCUUGUGCGUUUGACGUAAAGGAUAUUAGAAGACAUGUCUGCUAUGGUGGGCCCCGGUUCAUCAUCGUCUACACCAUAAGAAAACAUGAUAAGUUCAGCACCGUAGGAUCCUACUGCAAUACAACAAAUAGACGUUCUACAUCUAUGUGAAUGUAAUAACUUCCUACGUAUUUUCACAACGAAUAACGAAAUGUCUGAACUCUGAAGAGGCCGGAGGGGCGUACGUUAGUAGAAGCUGUACACAAUAUGCAUGGAUGGAUCCAUGGACAUUGUGUGCAUGUGGGUUCAAAGUCUACAAAGGUUGGAACGUCUGGAAUAGAAGAUUAGUCGGAAUUCUAAUGGCUGUGGCCAUCGUUUGUUUGCGUAGAACUGGAGAUGAUACCUCAACCUCAAGUUCAGAACCUGGCUUUGCUUCUGCACUAUUGCUCCAAGAGCAAGGCUCUUCACCGUGGUCUGGCUCUACACGCUUCAUUCAUCAAGUCUGGGUUUCAAUCAGACGUCUUUCUCUCCAACCAUGUCCUCAAUAUGUAUGCCAAGUGUAAAGAUGUUGUCGCCGCUCGUUGUGUGUUCGACGAAAUGUCCGAAAGAAACCUCGUGUCCUGGUCAGCUUUGAUUUCUGGAUAUGACCAAGCUGGGGAGCCUUCAAUGGCGCUUAAUCUCUUCUCCAUGAUGCAAAAUGAGCCCAACGAGUAUGUUUAUGCUAGCGUUAUUAAUGCCUGUGCCAGCCUCUUGGCACUUGCACAGGGGAAACAGGUUCAUGCCCGAUCGCUGAAAUCUGGCCAUAUGCCUAUUUCUUUUGUUUCUAAUGCGCUCAUCUCAUUGUACAUGAAGUGCGGCCUCUGCAAUGAUGCAUUGACCAUCUUUACCAGCAUAUCAGAACCUACUUCUGUCUCUUACAAUGCAAUGAUCACAGGUUUUGCAGAAAAUAUGCAACCACAAGGAAGUUUCGAGGUAUUCAAAUUCAUGCAUGGAAGUGGUAUUAGCAUGGAUCGUUUUACCUUCAUGGGUGUAUUAACAAUCUGUUCUGAUGUCAGAAACUUGUGGAGAGGAAUGGAAUUCCAUUGCCUGACGGUUAAGCUUGGGCUUGACACUACCCCAUCUAUUGGCAAUGCGAUUCUAAUCAUGUACUCAAAAUGCAACUUAAUUGAAGAGGCAAACAAGGCUUUUGAAUCAAUAGAAGAAAAAGAUGCAAUUUCAUGGAACACCUUUAUUGCUGCUUGUUCUCAAUGCGAAGAUCAUGCCAAGGGUUUGAGAACAUUUAGAGAGAUGGGAAGAGCCAUUGAUGUAAAACCUGAUGAUUUCACGUUUGCAAGCGUACUUGCUUCUUGUGCAGGUCUAGCUUCAAUCCGCCAUGGUGGUCAGGUUCAUGCUCACUUGAUGAGAACAAGGUUGAAUCAGGAUGUGGGAGUGGGUAAUGCCCUUGUCAACAUGUACGCCAAAUGCGGCUCCAUAGUAUAUGCAGAAACUGUCUUCAAUCAAAUGUUCGACCACAACCUUGUUUCAUGGAACACCAUGAUAGCCGGAUAUGGAAAUCAUGGACUAGGCAAAAGAGCUCUAGAAUUGUUUGAGCAGAUGAAGGAAAUGGAUAUAAAGCCAGAUUCGAUAACAUUCAUUGGACUUCUUACAGCUUGCAAUCAUGCAGGAUUGGUGGAACAAGGCAAGAGCUACUUCAAUUCCAUGAAAGAAGUUUAUGGGAUUUACCCUGAGGUAGAACAUUUGUCUUGCCUGAUUGAUCUAUUAGGGAGGGCUGGGAGACUGGAGGAGGCCGAAUGGUACAUGGACAGAUUUUGUUUCGAGAAUGACACGGUUGCUCUGGGGAGCUUGCUUUCUGCAUGUCGAUUGCAUGGGGAUGUUGUGGCUGGCGAGAGAGUGGCUGGCCGAAUUCUAGAUCUUCAACCUGUGACUAGUUCACCCUAUGUGCUUUUGUCCAACUUAUAUGCUUCAGAUAGGAGGUGGGAAGGUGUUGCUGAGGCUAGGAAGAUGUUGAAGGGCAGUGGGGUUAAGAAAGAGCCCGGCCAUAGCUUGAUUGAAAUUAAGGGGACCAUAGAAAAAUUUACAGUAGGGGAUUUUUCUCAUUUCAGGAUAGAAGAGGUGAAGGAUGUACUCAGAAGUUUAAGUUGGGCAGCUAAUGAGGAUUCUUUGUAAUUUUAGAAUUUAAUUCUUUCCA